UUCAAGAGGCAGCUGGACAACCAUCUGUCAGGGAUGCUUUAGGGUGGAUUCCUGCAUUGAGCAAGGGGUUGGACUGGAUGGCCUUAGAGGCCCCUUCCAACUCUGCUAUUCUAUGAUUCUAUGAAGAAGUGGGUCUCCAGGGCCUUCCUAGGCUGCGAUGAUGAUGAUGGGGCCCACCGACACACACACACACACCCCCGAUGGCAGCCCGUUCCAGAGGUGGGGGGGUCCUCUAGGAAAGGGGCCCCUCGCUCUGCCUUGCCCCUUGAUUCCCCAUUUGAACAAAGAACCAGCGAAUUGGGGGCAGCUCUUGUGUCUACGAAGCCAUCAAGUGUGAAAGCUCCCGAUGAUGAUGAUGAUGAUGGUGGUCAUUUUCUGGUCCCUCUGAAGCACAAGCCGGCUCUGACGGAAGCUGGGAUAUUCCCAUUCAGGUCUGGCCAUGGAGGCGGAGAACGCAGUGGAGAGCAGCAGCGAUGCAGCCCCCCGGCUGGGGCAGCGAGAAGAGCCCUCGGAGAGUGGCAUUGGCAUGGAGACCUCGGAGGCCGUGUCUGCAGACAGCAGCGAUGCCGCCUUGGUGGCCAUCACCCUCGCUGAAGCAGAUGAAUCCGGCGUGGGCCAGAGCUCAGACAGCGGAGGGGUCUCCCUGGCUGAAGUGCCCGAGAGCAGCUCCAGCACAGAUGCCCACCUGCCCAGGGCCUACCUGCCGGACUCCUCCUCCAUCGCACAGUCCGCCCUGGUCUCCAGCGUCUCCACUGUGAGCCAGUCUGUUCCGGCCUCUCCGUCCCCCCAGGGCCUCGUUCACUCCAGCGUCCUUGCAGAAGGGGCUCCCGUUGUGUCCGACUCCGCAGCCUCCACCUCCUCUGACCUGGGCUCCGCCAUCGACAAGAUCAUAGAGUCUACCAUUGGCCCGGACGUCAUUCAACGAUGCAUGGCCGUGACCAGCGAAGAAGACGGUGGGGCACAAACGACCCAGCACCUCAUCCUGCAGGGCCCGGACAACGGUGCUCCUGUGACGUCCCGCGUGGCCAGCUCUGCCGUGGCCCAAAGUUUGGCUGCGGAAGCCCUGGCGGAGGGGCCCACUUCCACGUGCGUGGAGCACCCUGGCCCUCUGGAGCCGCCCGUGCAGCUGGGCCCAUCUGGGGAGCCCGACCUGGAGAGCCUGGAGCAGCUGAUGGAGGUGGUCGUGGUGCAGCAGUUCAGGUGCCGGAUGUGCCGCUACAAGAGCGCCUCCAAGCAGCCCCUCCUCCGCCACAUGCGGGAGCGGCACUUCCAGCCAGUGUCGGCCACCGGCCAGAAAAAGGGCCGCCCGCGGAAAGGGGCUCCUGUGCCGAAGGCCCCGGAGAGCAAGAAGCCGGAGGAGGAAGAGGACGACGACGAUGACAUCGUGGACGCCGGCGCCAUUGACGACCCCAAAGAUGACAGUGACUACAACCCAGCUGAGGACGAGCCCCGGGGGCGUCUGCCCAAGCUCAGCCGCCCCCUUCCCACCUCCAGCGAGGAGCGGCUGCGCCGACGCCCAGGAAGACCCCGCAAAUUCCCUCGCCUGGAAGCCCUCCCGCAGCCAGAGGGUGGUGAAGUGGAGCCGGUGGUCUCGUCACAGUGUGCCCCCCUGGGAGACCUGCAGGGCCCCGAGGCGGCCUGCUCCACAGACCUGGUGCCUCUUAGCAGCAAAAGCCUCGUGGAGCCCUCCGUGAGCCAGUCCGACUCGGAGAACAGGGACCCCUCCUCCCACGCCGAACCCGAAAUGACUCCCCGCCGGCGAGGCCGGCCCUCUCACCGUUUCCUGGGCAAGAAAUACCGCAAGUACAUGGGGCACAGGUACAGCUACAAGUCAGCCAAGCCCUUGAUGCGCCCUUACCUGUGCCGGAUCUGCGGCUCUCGCUUCCUCACGCACGAGGACCUAUGCUUCCACGUCAACUCCCACGAGGCCGGGGACCCUCAGCUCUUCCGGUGUCUGCAGUGCAGUUACCGCUCCCGGCGCUGGUCCUCGCUGAAGGAGCACAUGUUCAACCACACGGGGAGCAAGCCGUACAAGUGCGAGGAGUGUGACUACACCAGCGUGUACAAGAAGGACGUCAUCCGUCAUUCUGCCGUGCACAACCGCGACAAGAAGAAGCGAGCCGACCCGCCCCCCAAGCGGAGCUCCUUCCCUUGCCCCGUGUGUGACCGUGUCUACCCGAUGCAGAAGCGGCUCACCCAGCACAUGAAGACACACAGCACCGAAAAGCCCCACAUGUGUGACAAGUGCGGGAAGUCCUUCAAGAAGCGCUACACCUUCAAGAUGCACCUGCUGACCCACAUCCAGGCUGUUGCCAAGCACUGGUUCAAGUGCGAGUUCUGUGAGCACGUCUGCGAGGACAAGAAAGUGCUGCUCAACCACCAGCUGCUGCACAUCAACGACAAGCCCUUCCGCUGCACGCUCUGUGCCUACGCCACCGUCCGCGAGGACUUCCUGCUCUCCCACAUGGCAGUCAAGCACACAGGAGGGAAGCCGUUUGCCUGUGAGUUCUGCCACUUCAGCACCAAGCAGAAGAAGAACCUCCGCCUCCACGUCCAGUGCCGCCACGUGGAGAACUUUGAGGAUUGGGUGGAGCGGCACCCGGAGGAGCCCCCCUGCCGCCGCCGCCCCUUCUUCACACUGCAGCAGAUCGAGGAGCUGAAGCUGCAGCACAGCCAGGGCCAGGCUGCCGGGGAGGCGGCGGUGCCCACCCCCCCACCGGUAAGGGCCCAGCCCUCGCCUGCCGCCUCCCUCCCCCCGCCUCCCCGGAGCUGCUCUCAAGUCUUCUGUUUCCAGCAGGUGGCCUACCAGCCGCCGGUGCCGGACCCCCCUGCUCCAGAGCCCCCCGUCCUCUCCCCAGAGGCCCUGGAGGGGGCCACCAUCAUCUACGAGUCAGAUGUGGAGGGCUCAGCCGAGUUGGCCACACAAACGGCACUGGACCUGCUGCUGAACGUGAGCAGCCAGCGGGAGCUGCCCUCCAGCACUCUCGAGGUGGCCGUGGUGAAGGCGGGCGGCUCGCCGAAGGCCUCCGAGCCCCAGGAACAGCAGCAGCUGGCCGAGGAGCCCCCCACCAAGGUGCUAACGCUGCACGUGACGGAGCACAGCGAGGCCCUGGUGCAAGAGGUCUACGAGGAGCCGGCGCUGGGGGCCGCUGAGCUCCAGCAGGUCACCAUCCCCUUCAGCGGGGCGACAGAGUACAGCAUCAUCACCCAGAGCGGGGAGGCCGGCAGGACGCUGUAUGGGGAGGAGGCGGAGGAGGAGGCAGAGGCGGAAGAGAGCCCCGGCGAAGUUGGGCAAGCCGUGAUAAGGGAGACCUUGAAGGACGUCACGACUCCCAGCAGCACUCCGGAGAGCCGCCAGCCACGGCGGCAGCAUUGUGUGGAGCAGAUGAGUGGGGAGCCGGCAGACGCUCAGGCCAGCCUUCGGUGGCCCCUGGUGAAGUGCCUGACGUGGUCAGCCCACAAGGCUGUUGCGCUGGCCCCCGAGGACGGGGAGCCCCCCGGCAACAAAGCUGGGUUGCCUACGCAGCAGGCCCCGGGCAAGGGCCCUUCCCUCAAGAAGCCACCGGGCAAGGCGCCUUCCGCCAAAAAGUUCUCCUGCAAGAUCUGCACAGCGACUUUUGCAGGCCGAGCGGAGAUGGAGAGCCACAAGCGGGCGCACGUCGGCCCCAGCGCCUUCAAGUGCCCCGAUUGCCCAUUCACGGCAGCCGUGUGGCCAGAAGUCCGGACCCACAUGGAGCAGCACGCCAGCCUCCGGCCCCACAAGUGCCAGCACUGCAGCUUCGCUUCCAAGAACAAGAAGGACUUGCGCCGGCACACCCUGACCCACACCAACGAGAAGCCUUUCGCUUGCCACGUCUGUGGCCAGAGAUUCAACCGCAACGGACACCUCAAAUUUCACAAGCAGCGGCUACACAGCUCAGAAGGGAAGCCGCCGCCUGAGCUGGCCCCCAGCGCCUCCCAGACCAUCAUCCUGAACAGUGACGAGGAAGCGUUGGCCACGCUGCAGACAGCUCUGCAGUCUGGCCAGGCUGUGCUGGCUCCAGAGAGGCUCCAGCAGGCUCUGGGGCAGGAGCAUAUCAUCAUGACGCAAGAGCAGAGCGUCCCCAGCCAGGAGGAGACCACCUACAUUCAAGAGAUCAUGACGACAGCAGAUGGACAGAUGGUGCAGCACCUGGUGACAGCAGAGAACCAGGUCCAGUACAUCAUCACCCAGGAUGGCGUCCAGCACCUCUUGCCCCACGAAUACGUGGUUCUGCCUGAAGGCCAUCACAUCCAGGUACAGGACGGGCAAAUCACUCAUAUCCAGUACGAACAAGGUGGCCAGUUUGUUCAGGAUCCCCAGAUCCAGUAUGUCCCUGUGUCUCCAGGGCAGCAGCUCGUCACGCAGGCUCAGCUGGAGGCCGCAGCGCACUCUGCAGUGACAGUGGCCGAUGCAGCCAUGGCCCAGGCCCCCUUCGGCACGGACCCUGCCACGGACCAGGUCCAGCCGCUGCAGCCGGGCGUCCACUACGACAUCAUCACCCUGGCAGAGUAGCCGGGCCUGGCUCUUUCCUCACCGUUCUGGACAAGGAGAGGCGGCCCGGCCCGUGUGGCAAUGGGGCCAGCACCGUACCUGGAUUGGGCCUUCUGCAGUUACCCAGAACGCUUAGCAGCGCGGCCCUGCUCUGGCGUGGGCUUGCACUUGUCUCCUCGGAAGGAGCUGCUCUGCUUGCCUGGGCGGUGCUCGCCCUGCUGGUUUGUGGCUGAACGUGACAUGCUGGAUGCUUGAGCGGGACCUGUGGGAAAGGCAGGAGCCUCCCAGGGCCGGAGGGCCGCGGUGGGCUCUGGGCUUGCUGGAUGUGCUUCUGAAUAAAAGCCCAGGAGCAAGUGUG